AUGUUUUCUAAUAUUCUUGUCGCUCUUGUGGCGCUCGCGCCUACCACCUCUCUCGCGCAGAGCUCCGAGUCAAAGGCAGACACAUCCAGUGGCCUCGGCAUCUUCAGCGCUCAGCGACUAAAGCAAGUCUGCGGUCAUGGCGGCUGCAUUAUCGACCUAUUUGUCAAUGGAAAUCACGACUAUAUGCCCGGCGCCCGGUCGUUCGACGCCCACUGCCAGCUUUACGGCAGCGACACCGACUGGUUUGAUGCAUCAUCUCCCAGCAGCAAUGGCCAGGCAGCAUCCUCGCGCUCUUCGCCUAGCGGCAUCCGCUGGCCGAACCACUUGGUCCACCAGCUUGCGUGCCUCCAUCGCCGAAGGGCCGACAUGCACGCCAAGCCGGCGAGUAACGGCGACUUUUAG